GCUCUAAAUAGUUUUCUCUCUCCUCCAUUUCCCCCUAAACCACAUGCAUUUCUCCACCUAAAGUCCCCGACUCAAAUCGCCGGCCACCGCUCUCCUGCGAAGCCACCUCAAUCGGAACCCAUCAAUCUUCUCACUUCAGCAUUCCGCCUUCUUCAAUUACCAUCAGAUUCUCAAAUAAUAAGAACAACACAAACCCUAAUUCAUCUAGUAUGAAAGAUGUCAAAGAACCCAAAUGUGAAGCAAGCCCAUUAAUGGGGUUAACAGAAGUUUUAAUACUUAAAUCCUGUUUCGAUUGCCCCUAAAAUCAUUAGGAAUUCUCAAAUGCGUAUGCAAUAAAUUGAAUGCCUUAAUCUCAAACCCCUGUUUCGCCAAAUCUCAUCUCGAAUUAUCAGUUUCUACCACUCCACCCUUAACCAUCGCUAUGCUACAACACAAUACCAUAUCCUCACUCAACUUUAGAAGUCACACCGAUAUAACUGAGGGCGUAAACUUAACCCCAUGGAGCCGACAAUUCUAUAAUGAUGACAAGUUUUAUAGUUGUUUUCUUUUCAUUGUUGGAUCAUGCAAUGGUCUUCUAUGUGUUUACAUUACGGAGGGGAAAAGUGGUGAAGAUUUGAUGUAUCUUUGGAACCCUCUCACCAAAAAAAACCAAGGAAAUCUUAUUGCCUGUUGGUGGGAAUUCGACUCAUGUUCAUGUAGAUUCUUGCUGGUUCGGGUUUGUUCAAUCCUUAAAUGACUACAAGAUCCUCUUGGUAUCUACAGUUUCUACACGUUUUCCUUUCUAUGAAAGGCACGUGCAUCUGUACUCAUUAAGGAGUGACCAAUGGAGGGCAAUACGUGUUAGUGAUGAAGGUUUUACUUCCAUUUUGAGAUCUAACUCAGUUUUCAUGGAUAAAGCAUUGCAUUACCUUGGUCACCACGGGUGCUUUCUUAAAUUUGAUUUGGUUACUGAAACCUUUGAGAGUAUACCCUUUUCAAUUGAGCCCAAGCUAUUCCCGAGUGUCGAUCAGAUGGUGCUUGGGUUAAUUGGAGAAUGUCUGUGUGUUAUCUUUGUACAUUGCUCCAAGGAUGACACUGGAGAAGACUCUGACGAAGACUUCGCGGAUGAUGAUUGGAUGUUUGAGCUGUGGAGGUUGGAGGAAUAUAACAACUGGGGUUCGUGGAAGAGGUUGUAUAGAAUUGACUUGCGGGUGGAGAUGGCUCAACGUUGCACCCAGUUUUUAGGGCUCACAUAUAAUGGCAUGAUUUGCAUUCGAGCUGUGGAUGAUGGACUAAUAGUCAUGGACCCAAGUCGAAAUCCACCUUCACAUGUCAUUGUUAGGGAGUCCGGUGUAAAGGUUUACAAGAUGAUUGAUUACGUGGAGAGUCUUGUUUCUCCUUUUUCUCUUGAUGAUGCUGCUGCUGCUGGAAAUCUUGUAUGGGAUUGUAAGUAAGUAAAUAAAAUGGGUCUUUGGAAGUAGUUGACAGAUUAUUAUGCCAAGUUCAAGUGUUGUGAAAUCAAUAGACAAUAAAGGGGAUAUGCAAUCAGAGGUAUUUGUUUCAGAUGGAAUCUGACAAUUUGCAUCUGAACGUGGCGUUACAAUGAUGAGGUAAAGGAAGAUUAUGUUUUGUUCAUUGUUCAUGAUAUCUUCUCUUAUGCUUGUAAGUUUGGUUUUUAUUACUGAGUAGUUUUAUGCAUUUGCAAUAGGAAUCCCUUUCCUUUGGUAGAAAACAGGGCUCGGGAAAUUGUACUUUUGGACAAGUUUGGUGUUUAACUAGGUGAUUACUAUGCUUCCUGUCAAAAUUUCCUUUAGCUAAAUAAUUUUACAGUGUUUGACUAUGGCUAAUAGGGCUCAGGAAAUUGUACUUUUGGACAAGUUUGAUGUUUAACUAGGUGAUUCCUAUGCUUCCUGUCAAAAUUUUCUUUAGCUGAAUAAUUUUAGUGUUUGACUAUGCUUUGUUAUGAAAUUGUACUUUUGCACAAGUUGGUACUCUGCUGUCUAUGGGAAUAGGUGAGGAUGGAGGCAAGAUAUACAGAGUAUAUGUUUUCCAUUUCGUGAUCACGAUUCUUGUCGAUAUACAACAUCCCAUGGAGUGUCUCAUUCACCAUAGAUCGUUCUGUGUAAUGCUGGUUUAAGUUCAGGUUCAGUCGUUCCCAUGUACGGGUCCUUCAUUUUUAGAGGUAUGCAGGUAAACUGUUUGGGACGAGAAGUAUGUUGUGAAUUUGUAAUCAUCAGUGGAAGAAUCCUACCCAAAUCCAGAAUACCAAAGCCAACUAAUAAGUUGAAAAUCGGGGGGUGCAAUAUCGAGCCUCUCAUGGGUGAUAUGGUUCCAAAGAAAGAAGCUACCAUGUUCUAGAUGGAAGCAGGUUAGUCCAUGGCAUAACAGAGUGGUUAGCUUGACCAAUUUUGAUAGAAGUAAGUUCCUUUUAGUGAUGUUUGUAAGGUUUAGUAUUACAUGUUUUGUAUGCUAAGAAGAUUUUGUAGUCAUUCAAUGAGGGAACGAAGCCGAACCAAUAGUCACUAUUGAUUUUAACUGAAUUCUGUACCUGAUUAUUACUUUUCAGGCAAUAAAAUUUGUUUUUGUUCUUUUGUA